AUGAGUCCUAAACCUGAAUCAGAAAUUGAUCAGGGGCCAAGUGUGUCGGUGACCUCCGCUGAAGAGAAAUCUCGUUUAGAAGAGGUGAAAGAUGUACAUGAAGACCCUAAGGCUGAAGAGGGGCUAGUAUCUGCGCCCCAAGGUUCUGACACAUUGGGGCAGGAAGGGAAAACUGAAAAAGAGCAAAACGAAGCUAAAGGCGAUAUAGAAGAAGAAUCAGAAGAAUCAGCAGAAGAGGAUGAAGAAGAAGAGGAAGAAAUUGUAGACGAUCAAAUAUCAUAUGCUUUGAAUUAUCUUUUCCAAGAUAUCCAUGAAAAAAUUCGAUUACGAGAAACACAGAGAGACACUACUCAAGAUGAGUUUGAGUUAAGUAGACAGGAAAAGGUUGGUCUAUUGCUAGAAAACUUUGAUCAGGAUCAAAUGACUCGAUAUGAGUUCUUUAGAAGAGCCAAUGUUAACAAGAGUGUUGCCAAGAGAAUUGUGCAAUCCGUUCUGGGACAAAGUAUCAAUAAUAAUGUAGCAUUGUUGGUGUCCACUGUUUCAAAAAUGUUUGUUGGGGAGAUGGUGGAAAAGGCUAAGGAAGUUCAAUCAAGAAGACAAAAGGCCCAGAUACUAGAACAGAUUUCUCAACGCAAAGCUGCGAUAAAAAAUAUUCGUAAACGAGAUCUUGAUGAGUCGGUAGUCGACCAAAUCAUGAAUUCAAAAAGAAUUCGCAUUCCUAAGGACGAACCAUUAUCACCAGAGGAUAUAAGGGAAGCUUGGAGAUUAUAUCAGCUUGAAACGAACGUACUUCCUAGCAACCAAUGGAGGCGGCAAGGUGGUGGAGAUGGAAACAUGUUUCGUUGA